GAGAUGGAGCAGUCCCCUGCAAUGCGUUCUGACUACUUGGUCUCAGGGAUUCGAACUCCGCCAGUGAGGAGGAACAGCAAACUGGCAACACUGGGCAGGAUCUUCAAACCAUGGAAGUGGCGGAAAAAGAAAAAUGAGAAGCUAAAGCAGACAUCUGCAGUGCUGGAGAAGAAGAUGACAGCACGACAAGGUCGGGAUGAACUCAUUAAGAAAGGUCUUCUGGAGAUGAUGGAACAAGAUACCGAAGGCAAAGCCUGCACUGGUGACGACAGCACGAGAGCAACGCAGAGUGACCCUCCAGCUCCUGUGUGCCAGGCACUUGCCUCAGAAGAGGUGCAGCAAGAGAGUACAGUAGCAGCCACAACGAAUGUGACCUCUCUUGGUGAGGAGCUGCAUUUGGAUGAGCUGAAAGAAGAUGCAGCCAAGAAACCUUCAGCACCCAUGGAAGAAUUAGAAGAUGCCAGCCUGCCAGCAUCUGAAGACAGUCCACAAGCCUUACUUGUAUCUGAAUCCACAGAUUCCCCCCAGAAACAGACAGAAAGAAACCCAGCACAGCUUCCCAGCCCUCCGUUGCUCCCAGCGCCACCACCUAAGGCCAUCUCCAAAAUCACAAAGAGCAUAACAGGAAGUGAAAUAGAUGACCCAGUCAUGAAAUCUCCUCCUUCCACCAUCCUGAAGAAUUAUGUCAUUGUUGGUUCCUCCCAAAUCUCAGGACAAGCUGCCCUCUUCCAUCCCUCUGGCCAGAAAAGUUCAGAUGCCCAUGUCAGAGGACAGGUAACAACUCCAACUGGUUCCCCUCACCUGGCUGCUGUCCACCUGCCUUUACCUCCCAGCAGAGUCAUUGAAGAACUCCACAGGGCUCUGGCCACCAAACACCGGCAGGACAGCUUCCAUGGAAGAGAAAGCAAAGGCUCUCCAAAAAAAAGAGUGGAUGUCCGUCCAUCCCGAACAUCUAGCAUUGAGCGCAACAAAGAAAAGGAGAACUCACUGAAUUACAGCAGUGAUUCAGAAAAUAAGCGGAACUCAGUAAAAGAGUCGGAUGAGAACAAAGAAAACAUGAUUAUGAACUCAGAGCUCAAGGACGACUCUGUUUUUUAUCAGGAUGAGGAAGUUUUGAAUGAUUCCGUUAUUUCUGGUACUUUGCCAAGAAAAUGCAAGAAAGAACUGCUGGCAGUAAAACUACGAAACAGACCAAGUAAGCAGGAGCUGGAAGACAGGAAUAUUUUCCCAAGGAGGACAGAUGAGGAAAGACAGGAAAUUCGGCAGCAAAUUGAAAUGAAACUCUCAAA